AUGGAUAGAAGUAACACUAUAAAUGAGACUUCCGAAGAACGUCGACGAAGACUUAAUCGUGAACGACAACAGCGUUAUCGUAAAAACAAAAGAAAUACGGGACUUGACCACUCAGGAGAGAAGAGGAUACGUAUACAAGAUGAAGUUAGUAACGCUAUAGAUGAAACUUCUGAAGAACGUCAACGAAGACUUAAUCGUGAACGACAACAACAUAACGUGACUAUCCGCGCUGAACAAGAAGUAGUUAUUCAUCUGACUACUGUUCCGCUAAAAACAUUAAAAGCACGUAUUUAUCCAUGGUCUUCGCAAGGUUUAGACCGUCACUCUCUGGGAAGCAUGAAUCAUAGAUGUAAUUGUUGUGGGGCGCUGUUGUGGAUAGAUGAAAGAACAGGCACAUCCACACGAUCACCAGUUUUCACAACAUGUUGUGCCAAAGGCAAGGUUUUUCUUCCUCCUAUUGAGGAAUUACCAUAUCCUCUCAACAUUCUUCUUACUAGAACAGAUCCAAGUGCACGUUCAUUUAGGAAAAAUAUUAGGUCGUAUAAUUCAGCUUUGGCUUUUACAUCUAUGGGUGCAAAGGUUGAUCAUAGCAUAACAGGAACAAGUGGCAUUUACAGCUUUCGUGUUCAUGGUAAAAUAUAUCAUGGCAUAGGCACAAUACUUCCUGACAAUGAAGCUCACCCUCAGUUUGCUCAAAUAUAUCAUGAAUUGCAAAACAGAAUGAAUGUAAUGCCUAAUCUUGAUCCAGUUAUUCUUGAGGAGCUUCAGCAAAUGUUACAUGAUGUGAACCCAUAUUGUGAAAUGUUCAAACAAGCUGGAGACAUUGUAAGAUUAAAUCCAUCCUUGGACUUGCGAAUGGCAAUCAUAGAUAGUAGAAAACAAGAUUCUAGACGUUACAAUACUCCAACAACAUCAGAAGUUGCAGUUAUUAUGAUUGGAGAUGGACAAGAAGCUGAACCAUUGGAACGAAAUAUUUGUUUACCCUGA